UACGUGUCGAUAUCCAAAAUUUCCAUUAAACCUCCAUCGACAACGAACCAUUCCGCCAACCGCGACUCUCAAAACUCCAAAUUUACACUUCCUCGACAUCAUCAUGUUCGAGGUUCCUGAAGCCAAGCGUGUCCGCCGCGAGGAUCUUUACUCCGGCACACCUACCCCGUCUCCACCAGCUUCACCUACACUCGCAAGCCUUCUACAAUCGCAACUGGAAGAGAAAUUCAGCUAUGAGGCUCUUAAUCAUCCCACCGACGUCAAGCCUUCCACUUCUACAAAACCGAACGCCAGCAGGACGGAUAAAGUACUGAAGGAACAAGACCACGACGACACCCACGACGCAGCUGUGGAUGCAGCUCAGGAUGGCCAGGAUGGCCAGGAUGUUCAGGACGAUGACGACGAAGAGGCCGCUUUCGCAUUUCGUCUGUUCUCCAAUACCUCUGCGACACCAAAGGUGAAGAUUCGAUCACCGUCACCUGCUCCGGCGGGCAGCGGAGGGUUCGUCACUCCCGGUCGACCAGACAGUUAUUAUUUCUCGCAAAAAGCAACUGGAGAGCCCAAGGACCAAUUUCAAUUUGCGGCUGUAAGCGGAGAGGAUAUUCUCAAAGCUAGUAAACAGAGUUGUCCAGGAUCGUUCAUGCCAUGGCGCGUCGUCACAAUCCACGUGCAACCUCAGCGACGAUCCAAAACCGACCCUGCGGACCCUUCAAAAGCAGAAGUCGUAUUGGAAGCCACAAAAGAGAAUACUACAAAAUCCAAGACGAAACCGAACAAGAAGCGCCGGAUCAUCAUACGUCAGCGGCAAGCAAAGAAGAAGGAAUUAAAGGAAAAGGCCUUGGCUUCACAGGCGGAAAAGGAAGCCGCGGAAAAAGAAAAGCGCAUGAGAAGGAAUCGCGAGAAGAAGAUUAAACGGCGAGAAAAAGAGAGAGCGAAGAAGGCCGAGGCGGUAUCUACAAUGCCUGCUGACCAAGAAGACGCCCAAGCCGAGAGUCCAUCGUCAAGCCCUGAGGCUGAGGGCGAGGACGUCAAUAUGGAAGAGAAUUAGCGGCUUGGUACACUUGGGUCCUUGUAUAGAAUUACCGGUUAAGGCUUCUUUAAGGAAUAAUAAGAUACCCUUUUUUCAAUAAUAUAUGAUUUCAGACGAAAUGAUUUUGGAC